AUGUCGGACUCUGUAGAUCGCGUCUUCGUCCAUGCCCUCAACACCGUCAAGAGGAUUCCCCGGACAGGGACCGCGCGUCCCCCGGCCGCGGAACGGCUGAAGCUGUAUGGCCUAUACAAGCAGAGCAUGGCUCACAUCGCGCAGAGGGGGGACGUCGAAGGGGUGAUGGAUCGGCCGAUUGGGAACACGCCGGAGGUGCAUGCGGAGUGUGAGAAGUGGGACGCCUGGUAUGCUCAGCGCGGCCUCUCGCGCACCGAGGCCAAACGCCGCUACAUCUCGAUCCUGAUCGAUACCAUGCACCGCUAUGCGUCGCAAACGCCCGAGGCCCGCGAGCUGGUCGCCGAGCUCGAGUUUGUUUGGGACCAGAUCAAAUACAACGUUUCCUCCUCGUCUUCCUCCAGUCCGUUGAAUACCGUCGGCGUGCCGCCAUUGCCGCGGCACCAGAGCAGUGGUUAUGGGAGCAUUGGGGGUCGUCUCGCCCGAUCCACAGAGGACUAUGAGCGUCCUAAUGUACGAGCCGACGCGGGUCGCGGGGACCGCGACUCACGACUACGGGUGCUGAGCCCUGUGAGCCAGCCAGAAGAGGGGGAGAAUGAGGACGAGGACGAGGACGAGGACGAAGAAUAUGAAGAGGCCCGUGACAGUCUCUACGAAGACCAAGACCAUGCCAGCACCAACACCGACACAGGCACCGAUCAUACCUCCCAUCGCCAUCACCAACGCCAGCGACCCGGGUCGGGGCCUAGCGUCGACAGCGGCGCCUACAGCCGCCGCGAUUCGCACGACCCCGUCCAUCCCCGAGACAGCCGCUGGCGCCGCCGAGUCGAACAAGCCUUGACCAAGAUGACGGCCGAGAUUGCUGCUGUGCGCGAGCAGAUAGAACUGCGCACGCUGGCGCACCGCCGCCGGUCGGGCGUCUGGGCCUGGCUCAAGUGGCUGCUGUGGGUGGCAUUGCGCCAGAUCCUGUGGGAUCUGGCUAUGCUGGGCAUGUUGUUGCUUUGGAUGCGGCUGCGCGGCGACCAUCGCGUCGAAGAUCGGCUGCGUUCGGGCUGGUCGGAGCUGAAGGCGCGGCUGGGCCGGUUUAAGCUCUUGCGGCGGGUUGGGGAUAUGCCCUUGCUGCCGUAG